GGGCGAGCUGCGGCCGCCUCCAGCCCCGCUCCCCCCCGGCGCCGGCUCCGGCUCCGGCUCCGCAGCGGCCGCGCUCCGCUCCGCGCAGGUGCUGGUGACGCUGUGGCCCUGAGUGCUCAUCCCCUCUGCACCGUUCCUGCCCGCUCUCGGCGGCUCCCCGGCACCGUGCAGCCAUGACGACCUCGGCGCUGCGCCGGCAGGUGAAGAACAUCGUCCACAACUACUCGGAGGCAGAGAUCAAGGUGCGAGAGGCCACCUCCAAUGAUCCCUGGGGACCUCCCAGCUCCCUCAUGUCAGAGAUCGCCGAUCUCACCUUCAACACGGUGGCAUUCGCUGAGGUCAUGGGCAUGAUCUGGCGGCGGCUGAACGACAGCGGCAAGAACUGGCGGCACGUCUACAAAGCCCUCACCCUCCUGGACUACCUCAUCAAAACCGGCUCCGAGAAGGUGACCCACCAGUGUCGGGAGAACCUCUACACUAUCCAGACGCUGAAGGACUUCCAGUACGUCGACCGCGACGGCAAAGACCAAGGCAUCAACAUCCGUGAGAAGGUGAAGCAGGUGAUGGCCCUGCUGAAGGACGAGGAGCGGCUGAAGCAGGAGCGGGCGCACGCGCUGCAGACCAAGGAGCGCAUGGCCCUCGAGGGCAUGGGCAGCGGCAGCCACCAGGUCACCUACGGCCGUCGGGCAUCGCCCUACGGGGACGACUACGGCCGGGCACGGGGCUCGCCCUCCUCCUUCAACUCAUCAUCCUCGUCCCCACGGUUUGCCUCUGACCUGGAACAAGCGAGGCCACAGACAACGGGUGAGGAGGAGCUGCAGCUGCAGCUCGCGCUGGCCAUGAGCCGGGAGGAGGCAGAGAAGAAGCCACUUCCUCCAAUUUCCAGUACAGACGAAGAAAGGCAAUUGCAGCUCGCGCUCGCGCUGAGCAGAGAGGAGCAUGAGAAGGAGGUGAGGGCUUGGCAAGGAGAGAACUCCCUGCUGCAGAGAGCUGCGGAGGAGACAGCCCAGGGCAGGGAGGAAGAGGAAGAAGAAGAUAAGAUGAAGAAAAGCCAGUCAUCUAUCCUGGAGCUGGCAGAUAUAUUUGGGCCGGCACCGGCCCCCUCCAGCCAUACGUCUGCCGACCCGUGGGAUAUGCCAGAUGUGAAACCCAAAGCGGAGCCGGCAGCCUCAGCCUGGGCUGGUGGGGCCGAUCCCUGGGUGCCGGUGCCGGCUGCCGGCGCAGAGCCCAUCUCCCAGGCGAGUGCUGCGGCCCAGCCAACCUCUGCCGGGCCCUGGGAUUUCGCCCCCGGCACCGCUGCAGCCUCUGACCCUUGGGGAAAGGCACCUUUGUCUUCUGGCUUCCCUCCCAUGGACCCCUGGGCGACGGCCUCCCCCCCUGCCCCGGUCCCUGGUCCCGCACCGGCUGCUGACCCGUGGGCCGCUGUGGCCGAGCAACCUCCCAGCUCUGCUCCAGGGGACGACGCUUUCCACCCGUUUGCAAAGCCACCCGAGCCAGCCGAGCUGCCGGAGCAGGAGCCCUCGCAGCUGCCCUCCUCGGCCAAAUCCAGCAGCCCCGUGGAGCUGGACCCCUUCGGCGACCUGUUCCCCGGCAGCAAGCAGGACGGGGCCAAGAGCUUCGACCUCACUAACCUUGCUGACUCCCUGCCCGAUUCCGGCAAGGAGCGGAAGGACUGUAAAACCCCCGAGGCCUUCCUCGGCCCCGCCGCCUCCUCCCUGGUCAACCUGGACUCCCUGGUCGCACCUGCACCCGCCUCCAAGACGCGCAACCCCUUUCUCUCAGGUCUGAGCACGCCGUCCCCCACCAACCCCUUCAGCCUCUCGGAGCAGCCCAAGCCCACGCUGAACCAGAUGCGGACCAGCUCUCCGGUGCCCGGGCUGCCGGCGGGGCUGCCCGCCAACUCCAUGACGUACAGCGCGUCGCUGCCGCUGCCCCUGAGCAGCGUGCCCCCCGCCGCCCCGCUGCCCGCCUCCGCCAGUGCCUUCCCCCAGGCCGGCACCUUCCCCGAGCUCCCCACCAACCUCCCGCAGCCAUUGUUACCGCUCAGCGGCGCCCCGGCCCCGCCGUCCGCUCCGGGGGGGCUCAACCCCUUCCUCUGAACGCUCUGGACGUACAGACUCUUUCCCCCUUUCCCGGCUGUUACAGUUCCUCUCUCCCGGCCUUUCCUCCCGCCACGAGCUGUGUGGGGGCCGGUGCUCGCUCGCUGCAGGGGAGGGUCGCCCCCGCGCCAGCCCCCUCCCCGUGCCCGCCGGCUGGGGGGCAGCCAGCAUGAGCCCCCGCGCUUGCCAGGGCCAGGGGACGG